UCGAUCGACGCCGACUGCUCCGUGCCGUGAUUUCUUGCUCGCGCUGCCUCGCCGAAUCGCCGCGCUAGGGUUUCCCCUCCCGCGGCGGCCGUCGGCUCGUACUCGGUUCGGAAGACACUCUUGGGCAUACAGAUAUUUCGGUUUUACUUCAAGUGCACUAGGUGCUCAGCUAAGAUUAUUUUUAAAACAGACCCCCAAAAUUCAGAUUAUACAGUGGAAUCUGGGGCUAGUCGAAAUUUUGAUCCUUUGGCAUGAAGAGGAUGAGGGGAAAGGUUGUGGACAACGAGAAGAGAAAACGAGCAGCGGAGGACAUGGGCGAUGCAAUGAGAGCACUGAAGAACAGAGCAAACCACUCAAAGCAGGACAUGGACAUACUUGCUGCUUUAGAAGAGAUGCGGUCCAUGAAGUCGAGACAUGCAGGAGUAUCCGUUAACCGGAUGCUCGAAAUUUUGAAGCACUCCACUCAUCUUAAGGAGGAAAAAAUAGUAGCGGAACUAGAUGAUGAAGAUGAAGAACUCAUCAAAUCAAUCACUUCCCAAAACUCGAAAGAUCAUGUGAAAAGGAUCGAAGACGACGACGGUGAUGAACAUUUCGUUAUACCAGGCCAGUUAAGGUUCAUGGCAGAGGAAACAAGGCCGUGGGAUCUAAGAUGCCCAAAAUUCAUAGUAAAACCAAAGCCUUUUGGCGCAAAUCCUCAAAGGAAAAAGAUGACCGAGUCCGGCAAAGCAAGCACCUGCCUCAGAGGAAAAAAGUGGAGAUUCAGAAGAGAAAAUGAAUGUUCUUCAGUCCCUCUGCCAGACUGAAGGCAGCGGUUCUUGGAAGUUACAACUGCUGCGUCGGAGGAGAUGAGCCCCUGUAGCACGAUGGUGCAACUCAGUAUGUAUUGCCGAUUUCUUGUAUAAAAGAAUUGACAAAUUCCACGGAAGCAACACUCAGAUUGUGGAUAGCUCUCUGGGAUGCCCAUUUGUG